AUGAUCAGCACACUUUCUAAUACGGAACCGACGUUGAUUUUGAUACUGAAUAAUUUUGCAGUGGAUAUGACACUUAAUUGGUUAUGUAAUACAAAAAAUAUUAAAGGUGUACAUGAACGUUCUUUGAUUGUGGCACUUGAUCCGGUUGCCCUAACUAAACUAUCUGAACAAUGGCCAAAUGUUAAACAGGCUUUAUGGAAUGUUCCAUGUCUUCAGAGUUCGUUUAAUCGUGGUGACGGUAACUAUCAGCUGUUUUAUUUGUUCCGAUCAACAUUAGCUGAAUUUUUGCUUGAUGCCGGCAAACCGUUUUGGAUGAUUCAACAAGAUACAUUUUGGAGAAAAAGUUUACUGGAUGUAGAUCUUACCAAGAAAAAAAAUGCUGAUUUAAUUUUUGACUUAGCUGGUGAUAAUUUAGGAGGCCUAAUAGCCGGUGGUUAUUAUUUGGCUCGACCAACAAAUGGUUCACGACAAUUCUUUCGACAACUUUCAAACACCCUAUUGUAUCGUUAUGUACCCGACAAUACGUUGAUGUCAUCAUUAUGUGCUACAAGUUCAGAAACAACAUGUGAUUUCCUAGAUUUUUCACUAUAUAUUUUUAGCAUAAUAACAAAUUGGAUAUGGGUAUAUCAACCAACAGAAAUUCAAUGGGAUACUCUACCAUUUUUGAUACAGUUUGAUGGUGACAAUAAACUUGGUACAAAAUUGAUGAGAAUGAGAGAGAUUGGUUUUUAUUUCCUAUCUGAUGACGGUAUCACCUGUAAUGCUACAGCUGUUGAUGUAAGUUCAAAAAUGCAACUGUAUCUCAUAUGUUUAGUUAGUUUACAAAAAUCUCUGUACACUAUACUAUUUGUCAAGCUUAAAAAAUGUUUUGCUAAAAUGUCAUUGUUGAAAAAUAGGAAAAUUGGGUAUAGGUGAUG